UACUCCGGCCUCCGCUGUUGCCCUUUCAUUCCACGGACUUCUCAGCGCUCGCGGCAGCCGCUCUUCCGGCAGAGAACGACGUCGGUGAGGAUCCCUUUGCUCUUUACUUCCUUCCUGAAUCCGAAGGGAAAUGCCGAUUGAAGAAGAGGAAUCCAGUGAUUCAUCUUCUUACUCAGAAGAAGAGGAAGAGGAACAAAAGGAAAAAAAAACGACAGCGGUGACCUCUCCGAUGCCCACACGUUCGGUCGCCCGCCGUGGCACGACUGCAGCUGUUCCGCCUUCUUCGUCGUCCUCUUCGUCGGACUCGGAAGAAGAGUCUGAGGAUGACGACGAAGACUCUGAAGACGAGCGCGGGUCUGAGCCACUGAAGUCACAGCCGGGGACUCCUGUAGGGUCACAGAAGGCCCUGCAGUCUAAAGCCGUUUCUCCGGUGCCGAGCUCGGCCAAGCCCUUGAAUUCGAAGCCCAUGGACAGUAAGACCACGGUGAAGCCUUCUCAGCCAGCCUCACAAGCGAAGCCGAAGCGUCCUGCGGACAGCUCCAAAGAAGAUGAAAGCAAGAAGAAGAAAAAGAAGAAGAAGAAUGAUGAAGAGGAAUUAGAGGCAGAAGAUCUCGCCGCUGAGGUUGAAGCAAAAAAGGAGGAUAAACCCGAUGGAAGCAAGACCCCUCAGGACCGAAAGAAGUUAUUUCAGAGGGUUUGGGAUGCUGAAGACGAGAUAAAUCUCCUCACGACGCUCUUCCAUUACACAAAAGAUGGAGGGCAUGCACAUGAUCUUAACGGUUUCUUUAAUUUCUCGAGGAAGGACUUGGAGAAAUUCAAGAAGACCCAACUCCAGGACAAGGUUCGAAAGCUUAAGAAAAGGUAUGAGAAUGUCGUUGCCAAGGAGAAGAAGAGUGGGAAGACAACAACAUUCAAGAGUCCUCAUGAACAGGAAGCUUUCUCUCUUUCACAGUUGAUUUGGGGGGAGAAGGGGGAGUAUGAUUCUCAGAAGGAGGCGAACGAGCAAUCUAGACAGAAAUCUCCAACUAAGAACAAUGAUGGGGAAGAAAAAAAGUUGAACAACAAUAGGACGAAUGUUUUGGCACUCAAGCGCGAAGAACCUCAUUCUUCUGUGUCAAAGGAUGAAAACCAUGUCAGGCUUUUUGAGAAUAUGGAGAUUGGUGUUGGAAUGACAAAAGAGGAUGAACUGGGGAGCACCGUGGUCAAUAUGGUUGAAGUCGUUGAUAAAUGGAUCAAGUUGGCCGACCAGUCAAAAGUAAAGGAUUUACAAGAAAGACAGAGGAAACUGGAAGGUAGACUGUUGGAGAUCCAUAGUGAGCAUCUAGAGAUUGCAUCUGCGAGGGCGAAGCUUGCUCUUGAAGCGUUCAAGACGUCCAAAGCAGGACGUUCUAGGCAGUAAAACCGAGACUUAUUCAAUUGUGAUAGUUUUUUAUUUUGUACCAGGGUCAGUGUAGAAGCAGGCAACUUCACUUUUUUUUUUAUCGUUAGUACUUUAUGUAUCAGCAGUCUACUCUGUAUUGUUUUUCCCCUAGUUAUGUUAACUUAUAUCACUUUCUAUUGUUUACUUCUGCAAUUAUAUUGAUUUGAUCUA